UCAAACUUCGUCAACGUCAACUACGAAGAAAUUUGAUUUUUUAUUAUCAUUUUCCUGAAUUAAAUCACUCGCUAAAAACUGCUUACAAUUACAUUGGUGAAUUCAGCUGGUUAAAUUUAUUCUGUUUAACCAACUAAUUUUAAAUUUUACCUGAAAUCUACAUUUCCAUGACAUUUCAAGUCAUCAAGUGCUCCCCUGAUCUGUUUCUACCAUAUAAGCAUUGUUGAAGCUCAGCUUCUUACUUCUUUUUUCUUACUUUCUCUUUCUACAGAAAUUCUUGUUUUUUUUUUUUUGUAAUUUCAGUUUUGAGUACUAGGAAUCCAUGGAUUCUGGAAGAUUCUCUGCUGAUCAACAAUCCAAUGAGCAAGUUAAGCCUCCAGAGCCAUGUUGGUGUAGAGGUGUUAGCAAUUUAGGGGAAAUGAACUGGCUGCAAGAUUUCAUGCUUCACCAGCUUAAACCUUCAAUUGGGGAAGAGGUUGAAAAGGUUUUGGAUCGAAAACUCGCACCGAUAUUUUCCCUAUUGCAAGAUUUGCAACAAUAUGUCCUAUUUCCUCCUAAUCUGAGCUCAUUGCCUCAUCAGGCAGAGCCAUCUGCAUCAAGGAUAUUGCAAUUGAAAUUUAAGGGUGAUGUUCCUGAUACACUCUUAACCAUGACCAAAAUAAAAGAUCAUGAGGGUGCAUCACUUGAAGUCGAGUUACUUGAUGAAUCUGGGAACAGAGUAGAAGAUGGCCCUGAAUCCUGUAUGAAGAUUAGGAUUGAUGUUCUUGAUGGUGACUUUGAUGUUGAGAAAAAAGAGGAUGAUUACACUAAAAAUAUAGCCAAACCAAGGAACACUAAAGGAGCACUUUUGAAGGAGAAAUGUGAGAUUGCAAUGAGUGGAGGUGUUGUUUGUGUUAGCCACUUUUCUUUUACUGAUAACUCCGCAUCAAUGAGAAACAAAACAUUUAAACUAGGGGCUACUGUAAUCAAAGGUCUCCCCCCUGGAGUGAUUGUAAAGGCAGCAGUAAGCGGAGAAAUUAGGGUGAAAGAACGCCGUCUAAAAAGAGAAAGAAAGCAUAAAACUCCAUCUGCAGAGGAUGAGUUAUGGCGUUUGGUUAACAUAAGAAAAAAUGGUCCAGUACAUGAAAGAGCACUUAAAGCAGGAAUUUGUACUGUACAGGAUUUCCUAAAACGCUAUCACACUAAUCCAAAAGAAUUGCAACUUAUUCUUGAUGUUCCUGAAGCAAAUUGGAAUGAAAUUGUCAAAAAUGCUGAAGCAUGUAAGUUAACCAACGAGUGUUACAGAUACUAUGAUGUUGCAUCAGGGGAUGAUCUUCAGUUAGAUUGUGCCUUCAACAUUGUAAGCGUUACUUUCAAGGGCCAAAUCAAUCAGCCAUACGAGGACCUUUCUGAUUAUCAGAAGGAACUAGCUGAUGAAUUAAGGCGUACUGCAUAUGAGAAACGGAAUGAUCUUGCAAAAACCAAUGCCCCCUGGCACCCCGCCAAUCAUUCUAUUGUUCAAAGACAAGAACCACCACCGCCACCACAACCACAACCCCCCAGUGGAGAGCUUGCAAAAACUAAUGCCCCUACUAAUCAGAUUUAUGGUAAAGAACAAGAACAACCACUUCCUUGUGGAAAUUCUAAUAUAGGUGGACCCUUCUAUACUCAGGAUGCAGGCAGUCUUUUAUCUUACCAAAUGACCAGUAUUCCACCAACAAAUAUUUGUCAUUAUGCCACAGCAGAAAAUCAAACCUAUCAAGUUAAACUGGUGGAUCAUCCGUAUUUGCCAACUCCUAUAUCGGAUCCUUUCACAGUUGGAGAUGGCUUGCAACUAGAAGCAUCAUCAGAAGAUUCAAAUUGGGAUAUGGAACAACUUUUCAGAGACUUGAUGAGAAGCUCUCCACGGCUAGAGGAGAGGGGAAAUGUUACCAGUAAGCUAAUAGCCGCAUGUUACGUGACUAAAGCUGCAGCUCUGUUCAUGAUUUCAGUUCAGCAAGAUGCAAGUGUCCCUGCUAAAAAGCGAAAGCUUCAAUGACACCAUAAAAUUUUCAGGCUUGUUGUAUGCAUUAUAUUAAUGUCUCGCUUGUAUAAUCAUCUUCAAAUCUCUUUGCUUAGCAUAUGUUUUCUGUUUAAACCUCGAAUAUUUCUCUUUAUUUUAAAGCUCCAAUGAGAUUGGGCAGCAUUAUGUAUAACAAAACCUUGUUGGUGUUCUUUGUUGUAUAAAUUCAAUAUUAUGUUUUCUACAA